UGUGGGCGUCUUGGGCUCAUGGGGUCGGGGAGGUUGAAGGGAAGGAUUCUGGAUCUAUUGGGGUGCGGCGCGAGGGUGGAAAGUGGGUUUAAGAGCUUCUGGCCUACAUGUAGGGUGGGGGUGGGGGCCUCUGAGGAGGGUUCGAGCGUGCGUGACCCUGAGUUUGACCGCAAGUUUGACCGGAUGUUUGAGAUUAUUGCGAGAGAAACGUGGGUGCAGGGUUGUGUAUAGCUGCUUCUAAGAGAGAGAGAGGUAGGAGACCAGCAUUGAGAGAAUAACAUCCGAGCGGAACUUCCCUUGUCGAAAGUGCUGAUAAUAACGGUGCCAUCUUCCUGGAACAUCUUAUUUACUUGAAGAUUUGAAGGGAGAUAAAAGCUAAGUGGGUCGCUUCCUUGUGCAUUCCUGGAGACUGCAUGUUCCUCAUCCUUCAGAAGGCCAGGAGGCCCCAGGGCUCAGUCUGAGUUCUAGGACAGAACUUUGGCUCCAGCAUUAACAUUCUAGUGCUGUGUCGUUUCCCCAAUAGCAGGUUAUAAGCUGACCAGGCUGUAUGUGAUCCUCUGUUGAAGCAAGAAGACGAACUCUGGAUGGUGGAGAAAGAAGUGGAAAGGAAAUUUGUCCAGAAGAAGCCUGAGAAGAUGAUGAGCAGAUAGAGAGGCAACAAGACUUGGGAGGCAAGUUGCAUCCAGCUCAAAUAAAGUACAGACUGAGGAAAAAAAGCAGUGAAUAUAAGAAAAUUGGAAAAAUACUUCCUAUGAUCUCAAACCUUGUAUCUUUUAAGGCAACAUCUUUUUCAACUUAACCUAGAAAGAGUUUGAAACACAAUUUAGACUUAGUUGUGUAGGAAAGCAUCAUCAAUUUAAUUAAUUUGGAAAUCCUGCCAUAGCUUACUCCUUAUGGUAAUAACCCCCUUUAGGUGUAAAUAAGUGUGGAAAUGCCUUCAUUUAAAAAAUUUUGAACCCCAUAUGCUAUCAGAGCAUUCAUACUGAGAGAAAACCUAUGAAUUUACUGAAUGUGGGAAAACUUUCACUCCCAUGCUGCACCUCAUUAACUGUAGAAGUCAGCCUUGAGAGAAACCCUGUGCUCCUAAAGAAUAUUGAAAAGCCUUUAGCUAGAUGACAGAUUUCAUUGAGUACAAGAAAAUUCAUACUGGAGAGAAACCAGUGAAUGUAACAAAACUUCAUUGAGCAUUAGAAAAUUUAGAGUUGAAGAGAAAGCUUUGAAUGUACUGAGUAUGAUAAAGUUUUCUCUUGAACCUUAUCUCUUACUCUGCAUUUGAAAGGUCAUACACAGAGAAGCCCUGCGAAUGUAAGAAAUGUGGAAAUACCUUCAGCCAAAAGUAAAUUCUCAUUCAUCAGAAAAUUCAUACUGGAGAGAAAUCUUGUGAAUGUGGGAAAGUUUCCAUUCAGAUGUCACACCUCAGUCAGCAGAGAAUUUGUAGUGGGGAGAACCCCUUUGCCUGUAAGGUAUGUGGGAAAGUCUUCAGCCACAAAUCAACUCUCACUGAGCAUGAGCAUUUUCAUAAUAGAGAGAAACCUUUUGAAUGUAAUGAAUGUGGAAAAGCAUUCAGCCAAAAGCAGUAUGUCAUUAAACAUCAGAACACCCAUACUGGAGAGAAGCUUUUUGAAUGUAAUGAAUGUGGAAAGUCUUUCAGCCAGAAGGAAAACCUUCUUACCCAUCAGAAAAUUCACACUGGAGAGAAACCUUUUGAGUGUAAGGAUUGUGGGAAAGCUUUCAUUCAGAAGUCAAACCUCAUCAGACACCAGAGAACUCACACAGGAGAGAAGCCCUUUGUAUGUAAGGAGUGUGGGAAAACCUUCAGUGGCAAAUCAAACCUUACUGAGCAUGAGAAAAUUCAUAUUGGAGAAAAACCCUUUAAGUGUAGUGAAUGUGGAACAGCCUUUGGUCAGAAGAAGUACCUCAUAAAACAUCAGAAUAUUCACACUGGAGAGAAACCUUAUGAAUGUAAUGAAUGUGGAAAAGCCUUCUCUCAGCGAACGUCACUUAUUGUACAUGUGAGAAUUCAUUCAGGUGAUAAACCUUAUGAGUGCAACGUAUGUGGGAAAGCCUUCUCUCAAAGUUCAUCUCUUACGGUGCAUGUGAGAAGCCAUACAGGUGAGAAGCCCUAUGGUUGUAAUGAGUGUGGGAAAGCUUUCUCUCAAUUCUCAACCCUUGCUCUACAUUUAAGAAUACAUACAGGUAAGAAGCCUUAUCAAUGUAGUGAAUGUGGGAAAGCUUUCAGCCAGAAGUCACACCACAUUAGACACCAGAAAAUUCAUACUCAUUAAAAACCUGUGGUCAUCAGGACUUCCCCGGUGGUCCAGUGGUUAAGACUCUGUAUUUCCACUGCAGAGGGUGCAGGUACAAUCUGGUUGGGGAACUAAGAUCCUAUAUGCCACAGGGCACGGCCAAAGCAAAACAACAACGAAACCUGUGGAUAUCAUGAAAGGUGUUCAUCAGGAAUUUACACCUCAUAACAUAUCAGAAAUAAUCAUUCUGAAGGAAAGCAUCACAAAUGAGAGAAACAAAAGCUAAAAACUUAAAGGACAUCUGAGAAUUCAUCAUGAAGAGAAAGACAUUUGUAUAACAAAAGUCCUUUGUGUCCAAUAAAAAAACAUAUAGCAAAGGUAAUGCUGAAACUUUCACUGCAUUUCCACUAAAAUUGGGAAUGGAAAACGUGUUUAUUACCUUGCUGUCUGCAUGGAUCUGGAGAUUUUCAACAAUGUAAUAAAAGUUGUAAGUAUUAGGAAGAGACUUUUAUGGUAUUGAUUUAGCAGAAGAGAUUCUGGAAACACCUAUGCAUUUAUUAGAAUUUAUAAUACAGAAAUUGCAUCAGGAGAUGAGAAGAUAAUGGGACUAUUUAAAAGAUGAUUUGGAGGUAAUUUGUUCUCCAGGGGAAAAAAGAUAAUGAACUAUACACAAAGGUAAGAUCCAAGGGGAUUAGAUUAAAAACAGGAAUAUGAAAAAGCUGUAUACUAAAAUGGUUAUGACUUUGGGAGUUGGGAAACAUUCCUUAUAGCAAAUUGAAAAAUACCUAACAAUUCUACUCUGAGUUUGUAUGCUCGGGAAAUAUGUAUCAGGCUGUUUACUGUAGCAUGAUUGUAGUAGUCAUAAAUUGGAAACAACUUAAAUGCCCAUCAGGAACAAAAUGGAAAAUACGUAUGAUGGAAUACUGUAUAGCUGUAAAAUGUAAUAAAUGAGAUCUAUAUGUAUUACAGAGAAAGAUCUCAAAAAUCAUGUUGGGGGGAAAGAUAAAAUUGCAGAACGACAGAUAAUACGAUGACAUUUUGUAAAUUUGAAUUAAAACUUCUCUCACAAAAUUUCAGUGCUAUAUAUAUUGGUAAUGGAUACAUAUAUGUAUGUAUGUUUUUUAAAUGUUUUUGAAAUGGAUUGGAAGGAUACAGACCAAACUCUUGAUAGUGGUUGCCUGUGAAGAGUGGAGGAGGGAAGGGAAUGCGUGUGGGGGAGGGGGGGAUUGGUUAGAGGGGACUUCAGUUUUAUAUAUAAACAUCCAUUUCUCUUUAAAAAAAGACUACAAGAAAUAUAUUGAAAUACUGGUUAAUUCUGGAUUGUGGUAUAUGGAUAGCUUGUCUUAUUUUUUGUACUUUUCUGUAUUUUUAAAUUUUCUCAAAAUUAGUAAGAAUGGGGGUGAGGAUGGGAACACUGUACUUAUAGAAAUCAUGUUCUAAUGGAUUCAUUCCCAAUCAACUACUAAACUUUUUAUAGAAAAUAUUUCUAAAAUUUUAUCAAUGAGUGGAUGGACUUGCUCUCUAUGUAGUAUGAAAUUAUCUAUUUUAUUAAAAUUAAAAAUGACAGCAUAAUCCAAAUCUGUUGUAAUUUAUU